GAGAUGGCUGACUUUAAGUAUACGCCCACGUCAACAAAGGCAGUCGUCGUACUUCACGGAGGGCUGGCCCCUCGACCUCAGCUCAGCAUGGCCUGCUGCAUUUUUUCAGAAGCUCGAGCUCCUCCGGCUGCCAAGCGGCUCACUCGCCGCCGCCACCAGCUCCGGGCGCUUUUAGAGCAGCCGCCGGACCUUGCGGUCCCCAAGGCGGGGCCGCGGCCGGAGGAGGCACUCCGCCAGGCUCUCGUCCUGAUGCCGCAUCGCCAUGUAGUAGGGCGUGGCGACACCGCCGACGCCACCGCCCGGGGGCCUCGCCUCGACGGAGAGGUCGGCGCCGGAGUCGAGCAGCAGUUUGACAGCCUAGCAGAAUCCGCCCUCGACGGCGCGGUGGAGCGGGGUCUUGGACCGGGGGCCGGGCACGUUGACGACCUCCUCGCCGCCGGCGCCUAGGAGGCUAGGAUAGGGUCCUUUAUGGUCAUCCUAUUUCGAAGAUAGAAGCCAUGUCCGAAGUGGAGGGAGAGGCGGGGGAUAUAGCCGAAAUCCGACCCGGGCCCGGCUAUUCUCUUCAAGCACCUCGCCGUUUCAGGUCGUGUAGCUCGGGGAACUCCCUCUUGAAGUGCAGGCGGACUUGGCAGGUUGCCACCUAUAAAGC